AUGUCCUCACGACCGCGGCGUUCGGCCGCUGCAAAGGCCAAAGAAGUGAUUUCCGUCCACGCUAGAUGGGCUGACACGAGCGAAAAGGAAGACGCAGGUACCACCAUGUCCUCGCGACGGACAGGACGUGCCGGUGGCGCAACAGCCUCGCGCGAUACAGCUUCAUCGCCAGAGGAGACGCAUCUUAGCGUUACAGUCAAACUCCCAACCAAUAGGCCACGCCAAGCUACAAGGGGAGGCAAUCGCCGGGCCGACCCAUUUGAAGGCGGCGAGAUUGUGCACGGGAAGCGCAACCGUGGCGGCAAAAAGAGCUAUGUUAUAGAUUCGAGCCCUGACGACGAAGAGGAGGAGGAGGAUGAAGAGGAAGAGGUGGUAGUGGAAGAUGAAGAGGAGGAUGACGACGAGGAAGAUGAUGAUGACGAAGAAGACGACACGAGGGCUGACGAGGAUGACGAAAUGGAAGAGCUCGGCGACGAAGAUGCCGAAGGUGAAGACGAAAUGGAAGUUGAUGCCGAGGGCGAAGAAGAUGCAGAGGGCGACAUUGACAUGGCCCCGAAAGGUGUUGCCCGCCCUUCAGCAAAGAAUUCGAGAGUUACCAAGUCGAGGCCUACGGUAAAGGUCACCUCAUCCAGGAUUAAUCGGGACGAAGACGAAGACGAAGACGAGGAAGAUGAAGAUGAUGAUGACGAGCUUAGUGAUCCCGCAGAUAGCGAGGUCGGUGAUGAUACUAUUGUUUAUGGUGACCAGAACAUGGAUGAUGAAGAUGCCGAAGGAGAAGAAAUCGAGGUUGCCGGUGAUGAGGAAGAUGUUGAGGAAGACGAUGAAAUGGCUAUGCAACAAGAGGCCAAUGGCGAUUCAGACCUCGACAGCGAAGAAGGCAGCCGGGCGGAAACACCAGACCUCGCCAAAAUGACUAAAAGACAAAGGGCCCGGUUCGAGGAUAUACCUCAAGAGUUUAUGAAGCUGCCUGAUGAAAUUCAAGUUAAGAAAGUGUUUACGGCGGAGGAAUUAUCCAUGCGCCGCCAGGAAAUGGCUAGACGGCGACGUAACCUCAGUGAGAAGCGUAAUGAGGAAGUCAAAAUGGAGACGAUCAACAAGCUUCUCAAGAAGCAGGCCCCAAAGAUCAACCGCAAAGCAGCUGCCGACACACAGGAGCUGGAAUCGCAAAGAGCUAACCCCGUUUUCAUUCGCUGGGUUAGCAAUAAGAGUGGCAAUCGUGUUGCCGUUCCAGACGAGAUCAUGGAGGGGCCCGCUGGUGUUGUGUUUGGAGACAAGGCCCAGCCUUCGUUGGGUAAGCCAGUAGUGGAAGUGGUCUGA